CGGCCCAAAUCAAACUCCAACAACCAAACGCCGUCGUUUCAGUUAUCACCUCUCAUUUUCCGAUAACACCGGCAAACCUUUGAAAACUCGCCGGAGACGUUAAAUACCUAUUACCGGCGACGAAAAACAGUCGAGGAAUUAAAUUAGCUCAUCAUCUCCGACGACAAUGGAAACAGAAGUUCAAUCUAAUUUCACUUAUAUGGGAAGAACAUUUACCGGUCUCGGAAUUAAUGAAUCUUCGUCUGCUUUCAGCGACUGCAAUAGCGAUAGAUCCGGUGAGUUUCCGACGACUUCUUCUCAAAGCCGGCGGUUAUUAAUUGCGUGUGCGUCGGAUAAUUAUAACUCCGAUGAAUUGAUUCAACAACUUGUUUCCGAUCUCGAAUCGAAUUCUAUCGAUGUGCAAAAACAAGCCGCAAUGGAGAUUAGGCUAUUAGCGAAGAAUAAACCGGAGAAUCGUUUGAAAAUUGCUAGAGCCGGAGCGAUUAAGCCGUUAAUUUCGCUUAUCUCUUCCACUGAUCUUCAGCUUCAAGAGUACGGUGUUACGGCGGUGCUGAAUUUAUCUCUCUGCGAUGAAAACAAGGAGCUUAUCGCAGAAUCAGGAGCGAUUAAACCGUUAGUUCGAGCUUUGAAAAUUGGAAACUCAACUGCGAAAGAGAAUUCCGCUUGUGCUCUGCUUCGAUUAUCGCAAAUUGAAGAGAAUAAAAUCGCGAUCGGAAGGUCCGGUGCGAUACCUCCAUUAGUGAACCUUCUAGAAGCCGGCAAUUUCCGCGGGAAAAAGGACGCAUCAACUGCUCUGUUUUGCCUAUGUACGGUGAAGGAGAACAAAAUUAGAGCGGUACAAGCCGGGGUUAUGAAACCGUUAGUUGAAUUAAUGGCGGAUUUCAGUUCAAAUAUGGUUGAUAAAUCCGCGUUUGUGAUGAGCGUUUUGAUAUCAAUGGUAGAAGCAAGGGCGGCGGUGGUGGAGGAAGGCGGAAUACCGGUGCUGGUGGAGAUCGUGGAGGUCGGGUCACAGCGGCAGAAGGAAAUCGCGGCGGCGAUAUUGUUGCAACUGUGUGAAGAUAGCGUUAGUUACCGUACAAUGGUGGCUCGAGAAGGCGCAAUUCCACCAUUGGUUGCUUUGUCACAGUCUGGUACAAAUCGCGCCAAACAAAAGGCGGAGACACUGAUUGGUUUGUUACGGCAACCAAGAUCCGGUAACGCCGCUGCAACAACACCAGGCAGAGGUUCUGAUGUGUCGUUUUGAUUGUCUGUCAACCACAUGUUUUGUCUCCCUUUUUUGUUUUUUUCUUUAUUUUGUAUUAUAGUUACUCAAAUAUAACCACAAAACAUUGUCAAAAUACAAGGUCAAAAAAAAAUUGUACAUAUCUUUUAAACUUUGUAAAUUUUGGUUGUUUUAUUGGAUGUGAAUUUUGGGUUUUCUUA